UCGUUACGUUCUAUAAUCUCUGCACGGUUGCUGAAUGAAGUCAAGUGUUUGUGUAAAUGAUUGUGAAACAAAGAAAUUAUACGAAAAUAAAUGAGGCUCGGUAGAGAUUCUCUGUUUAACAUUACUCAUGAGUACGGAAGAGACUCUGUUGAAUCUCGAUUUCGACAAACCAAACACAAUAAUCGCGCCGCCCGAUGACGGUGUGGUAUCGCUAUCCAGUAGUUCAGAAGAGAUCUGUUUAGUGCCAGAGGUCGGGUUCGAGGGCAACGUGGAUUCGCCAGGAGUAAACCGGGAGUCGCAGCCGCUGCUCGGCGGCCGCGGCGACUUCGAGGUCUCGUUCAAUCAUUUUCCUGAUGACCCACAGUUCAGCGAGCUGGUGUGGCAGGCGGAGGUGGCCAUCGACAAUGGAAUCUUCCCAGAGAGGAUUUACCAGGGCUCCAGCGGCUCGUAUUUCGUCAAGAAUCCUGGAGGAAAAAUAAUCGGCGUGUUCAAACCGAAAGACGAAGAACCUUACGGACGAUUGAAUCCGAAAUGGACGAAAUGGAUGCACAAGUUGUGCUGUCCGUGCUGCUUCGGACGGUCGUGCCUCAUCCCCAAUCAGGGCUAUCUGUCCGAGGCGGGCGCCAGCCUCGUCGACUCCAAGAUCGGACUCAAGAUCGUGCCUAAGACCAGGGUGGUGAAGCUGGUGUCGGAGACGUUCAACUACCUGCGGAUAGACCGCGAGCGGUCGCGUCUCAAGCGCGCCAUUACAGAACAAUUCCCCACGCUGCGGUUCAACAGGAUGGGGCUGCCGCCCAAGAUGGGCUCGUUCCAGCUGUUCGUGGAGGGGUACAAGGACGCGGACUACUGGCUGCGGCGCUUCGAGCAGGACCCGCCGCCGCCACACGUCAUGAGGAAGUUCCAGUUGCAGUUCGAGCGGCUGGUGGUGCUGGACUACAUCAUCCGCAACACGGACCGCGGCAACGACAACUGGCUCAUCAAGUACGACGCGCCCACGCCGCAGACCUCGCGCGGGGACAUAGACCUCAGGGACCCCUCCGAGUGGCAGGGCUGGGACGUGCGCAUCGCCGCCAUCGACAACGGGCUCGCCUUCCCCUUCAAGCACCCCGACUCGUGGCGCGCCUACCCCUACCACUGGGCCUGGCUGCCGCAGGCCAAGCAGCCCUUCAGCCACGAGACCAAGGAACUGGUACUUCCUCUAUUAUCGGACAUGAACUUCGUACAAGAGCUGUGCGACGAACUGCAUAUAUUAUUCAAACAAGACCGCGGGUUCGACCGCGGCCUGUUCGAGCGGCAGAUGUCCGUGGUCCGCGGGCAGGUGCUGAACCUCACGCAGGCGCUCAAGGACGGCAAGAGCCCCGUGCAACUAGUACAGAUGCCCGCAGUGGUAGUCGAAAGAUCGAAGAGCGGCACGACGUCGUCGCGCUUCUUCGACUCGUUCCAGCAGCGGUUCCAGCACAAGUCGCCGUUCUUCUCGUGGUGGUAAACCGCUGGAAACUGGGACGCGCAGACGGUGUAAUGAAUUAUGGUGACAGUUCCACGGAGCCGAUAUGGUAAUUGUAUCUAUAAUGUAGUAUAUCGCAUAUUGAAUUAAUCGAUAACAACUACUGCUGGAGUCUACAGUCUACUUAAUGUCUUCUAAUUGUGAAGAUACGAGCGUGAGCGACCGCGGGAUAAUCGAUAAAAUAUAGGGAAUAAUCGACAAAAUAUAUUAAACAAUCGAUAAAGAUAGUUUACAUAAUAGAGUACAGAGGUUGCAUGGCUGAAAAUAGUUAAAUAAAUUAAUUAAAAUGGAAAUUUUAUCAUAAAUCUUGCUUUUCUUUCAAAACGAUAAAAUAAAAUUUUAUUCACAAACGAAUUUAAUCUAAAAUUUAUAGUCGAUAAUAUAUCGAACUGCAACGGUCGCUCCGCAUCACAUUAUUCUUACUGAAAAUAAACACAAAUAGAUGAAAUAAUUCCUAUUUUAGACACGUCAUAAACAGUUUUUUAAACUUUAGCAGUAAAAUUAGCGGUCGCGGUUGGACCAAACUAGUCGAAUUGGCUGCUCUGAGAUGUUAUUGUAUGUGUUAUAUGGAAUCUUAGAUAAACAAUAAAUAAUUUGUACAUAUGUAUUGUAGACGAAUUUUCUUCGCGCUUGCCAAAUAUUGUGUCAUUUACAUGAAGCAAAAAAUCGAUAAAUUUUAUUCAUAAUUCAAAUAGGUAUAUUUUUGUAAUCAGUGAAAAAGAGUCAAGUGAACCUAUUUCCGUGGCUAAGCCAUUACCAGAAUAUGAAUAUUUUGUAUUUCUACUCACUAUUACGAAAAUUCGUUGAGAUCUCUAGAAAUAUCGCUUCAGAAUACAAUCGAUUAAAAUAUAAUUGAUAAAUAAUGUUUGGCGAGCGCUACGUUUCUUUGACUGCCAUUUAUUUGGUACAAAUGGCUUUGUAACACAAUUGAAACUGAUUAUAUCGACAUAGAUAGUUCUAUAAAAAUCUGUUAGAGACAGAUUUUUACAAUAUUAGACGUUAUUAUGUAUGUCAUUUAGUCGAUGAUUGAAUAAUACAACCUUUAUUGCCAAGUUAGGUUUGUAAUAACAGCCUAUAUUGAAAAAAAAAAUCAAUCAGCAAUUGGUGUAAUAGGUACAAUUGCAAAUAAAUUGUCUAAAAUGAAAGUAACCUGUUCUUCAACUAAGAAUCAAUGGUAUAUUAUGAAAAUCAAUGUCGUUAUAAUCAUUUUUGAAUGUCAAGAUGUAUCUAUUUAUAAAAUUGGUUAUCUGUAUGAAAUCACAUCUCAGAUUACCAAUUCUUUAUCGAAUUAUGUUUUUCGCCGUUUUUUUCUCUGUUCGUAACUGAAUAAGAGAAAAAGGCUUGCCUAAAUGUUAUUGAAUGUAAACAUUUGUUAUGUUUUUAAUUAAUCGAUAAAAAUCAAAGACAAGUAAAUGCUAUUUUAAUUUAGAUAUCACGCCUAAGUGAUUAUCGAUAAAUAAAUUGUUGCUUGUAUUGCAUUUUUAUCGAUAAACAGUUCGCACAACGGGACAUGGUCUAUGCAGUUCUGAUGUGUAAAUCGAUUACGUAGAAAAUAUCGAUUUUAAUUCGGCAUGAGGGUGACACUAACAUGCAUGCUAAGAUUUUUUAAAUUCAUUUCUACAUUUUAUCCAUUCGCAAAGGCCUUAUUCCGUUGGCCUAACUGCAUUAGUUAUUUGUCCUUAUGUAAUAUAUGACUUGACAGUUAAAAUAAUUAGACCAUUACAAAUUAUACUCAUAAUUCUCCAUAGUGUUUUUAUAGUACAAAAUGGAACGAUAAUUUAAUUUUAUAUAAGAACAAAUUUCAUUCCGUUAGGUAAAUGUUUUAAUCGAAUUUCUAAUUGAUAGGGUAUUAUUAUUUCCGAUAUGUGACAAUAUUUUUUCAUAAAUAUUGUCUAUGGCAAUCUAUAAAUAAAAUGCUCUAUGCAGAUUUAACUGUGGUAAAGAACUGUUAAUUUAUUUUCUGUACGACUGGCAUAUUAAAUCCUAUCGGUAUACUUUAUAAAAGAAUACUUGUCAAUAUUCUUAUAUAAAAGAAGAUAGAGACAUCUCUAAACAUUGAUAUUUGUAAUCGAGUUAUAUUAUAAGGGAUUAUAUAAAAUAUCGAUAGUUUCCGAAAUGAUUGCACCUACUGUCAUACAAACUACACAUCGAUCAUCGAUGACAACUAUCAAGCUUGGAAUUAUUUAUUAUUUUGUAUUGAAGUUGCCUCGUUUAUUUUAUCGAUAAAGUUUGAGAGGCCUCCACUUUCUGUUGUUGUACUGUAAACAAACUUGUAGAUGUAUUGAGAUAGUACAAUCCUUUUUAGAUCACUCGGACCUUUUAUACAAUUAUCGAUAUAUUGUGAAUUGCAAACGGCCAUUUUAUCGAUAAUAGUUUUAUAAUUGUAUAGAAAUAUUGAUACUUUGUAAGGAGCCAAUUUUACCUACUUUUGAUACAGUAUGUGCUUUAAUCUGUUUAUGGAACAAGAUUGAGAAAGAAAUUAUUUUGUAUGAAUAAAAUAACCUCUUUUAGUUCUGGUUAAACUCGACGGAUUUAAUAUCUCUAAUAAAUAUAAUAAUAAUAAUUCCGGAAUAUUUUACGAACAGUUACCGCACAUCUCCAAAAAGUCAUGGCUAAAAGUUGGUACUUUAUAAAUUAUCGAUAAAGCGAAAAAAUCGAAUUGCAACAUUCGAAUAUUUUUAUAUUUCCAUUAUCGAUAAUACCGCGCAAGUUCAACACAAAGAAGCAUACACUCCGUUUAUAGCGAUCAAUGUAGUUAAAUUAAAAUAACCAUAUUAAUGGAGUAUGUAUAACGAGUGCUAGGGAUGCGUGCUAGUGAUGUGAAAAUGUGAAAACCUGUGACGAUUUAUAGGAAGUCGUACGAGGCCAACGCCGAGGUUACAUGUGAUGUUAGCUUUAUAAUUUAUGUAAGUCUAAGUAGAUUAAUUGUUGAUUAUCGUUGCCAAAAAUGUCUAUGACAUUUUUCUUUAUUUAAAUAGUUACUUAUUUAAUGUAUUUAGCUAGCUAUUGUCUGGUCAACUGAUCUAUUCCUUCCUUCCUUCCCUCGCUUUCUCAAGUCGGUGUGUAGGUAUUUAUUCAAGGCAAUGCUUCCUAUAAAUUGUUCGGGUUAUCGAAUUCCGUAUUGUAAAUAUUUUAAUAAUUUUGUUCGAUGGUUAUUAUGUGUUUAUAUUACGCAUUACAUAUUUAAUUUUGGAGAAAAUUAUAAUCACUAUUGCAUUUUA